AAGAGUCAAUAACCCCCAAGACUGGAUACUGACUGUCCCUGGUAACUAGAAAAAAAAAGGCAAAUAUAAACAAAGAGAGGUGAGGGACGAUGCCUAGUGCAUUGGGGAUCUGGAAACACUGGCAAAGCUGCAGCACCGCAGUGGGUCAAAGUGGUAACUGGGGAUCUGAGCUCGGCGGUGACGCGCGGCCCUCACGUGACCAGGAGCCUAUGUCUGCCCAAGUCCCUCUCAUCCUGGUCCUUUUUGCCAGUCCAGACACCGUCUGCCCUUUGGUCGAGGGGAAAAGCAGAAGGAAGGAAGUCCCCGAGGUCCUCUGAAAUCGGUGUGAGUGUCAGUGCUCCCCAGUAAUCCCAGGGAUCAGGAUGGCAGAGAGUCCAAGCCUUUCCCUGUGCCAGCCCCGCGCCAGCACUUCGGUGCAGAAAAUGGUGGUUUUGGGGGUGGGGAGGCCGUUCCCAACAUGGACAGAUCCUGCCAAGCAAAUGAGCAGCCACAGGGUUUGCCCGAGACGGACGAGGAGCAGCCUCGGGCGGAGCCCUCGUCCGAAGAGCCGCCUCGGGAGGAGCCUCUCCUUCCCGAGCUCCUUCCCGAGCUGCUGAUGUCCGAGGGGCGCCCCCUAGAGGAGCGCCUUUCCGAGCCGGACCUGUUCGAGGCGCGCCCUCCCAUGGAGCAGCCUCCUUGCGGAGUGGGAAAACAUAAGCUGGAAGAAGGAAGCUUUAAGGAAAGACUGGCUCGCUCUCGUCCACAGUUUAAAGGGGAAAUACACGGCAGAAAUUUGAGCAACGAGGAGAUGAUAAAGGUAGCAGAGGAGAUGGAAGAGAUGAAAAGAGUACGAAACAAAUUGAUGAUCAUGCACUGGAAGGCGAGACGGAACCGUCCUUAUCCUAGUUAAUGUGUCCGGCCUUUAAGGCUGGUUUGCCUAAUUUCAGUAUUGCCACUCGAAUCCCUCUCGCCAUCUUAAUUUUAACUUUUUUUUGCAUGGCUUUAUUUAAGGUGUUUCGCUUGUAACUGGUGUAAAAUUGGGCUUCCUUCCCCUCCCAUCUGCAAGACUCCCUAUCAAUCAUGUGUCUCAUCCAUUUGCAUGGAAAGAUGGACAUUAUAUAUUGUGAAGUGAAAAAAGCAUUUUUCAAAAAGUAUAUGUAGUAUCCCAUUUUUGUAAAAAAAUGUAUAUUUAUAUAUUAAUAUGCAAAGUAAAACAAAGUAUAUACUUCAAAGGCUUAACAGUGGCUGUUUUUGUGGUAAGAUAAUAGGUGUUUGUUUUUCAUUUUUGCUUUGUUGGAAUUUCUCAUUUUUUUCAGGACGAACACAUUUUACUUGUGUUGCAAAAAAUUCCACACCCCAAAAUAAUGGGGGAAAUGUCAAGCAAUUUAUACACUAUCACCUUAUAAAGACAAUGUAGCACUUAAUAAAUACUUGUCAGAACUUUGAAAAA